AUGGCGGACGAAGCGCCCCCAGUGCACAUCAUUGAGCGGGACGGUAAGCAGUUCAAGACCAUCACAGAGGGAAAAGCUACGAUUCUGGUUCCCCAUGAAACGAAAGCCGGCCAAGACACGACUGAGGAACAGCAAGUCUUCUACAAUCCAAUACAGCAGUACAAUCGCGACUUGUCGACGCUGGUAGUCAAGGUGUAUGGGGAGAUGCUAUUGGAGAAGCGAGUUGAAGCUUUCAACUCAAAAAAUGUAAAACAAGGCAAGAAGCGAAAGCGAGAUGAGAUAGAACAAGACAACGAAGAAGCAACCACACAAGCCACGGAGCAGCAGCAACUAGAGAAAGAAAAGGCGGAAAAUGGCCACACAUACAAGCCUUCAUUCAAGAUCCUUGACGCCUUAUCAGCAUCGGGCUUGAGAGCUUUGAGAUAUGCCCUGGAAAUUCCUUUUGUUACAUCUGUUACCGCCAAUGACCUGUCUGCCUCCGCUGCGGAAUCAAUAGCAGUCAAUGCCGACCACAAUGGUGUAGCGGGUAAAUUUACCGUCACUAAUGAUGACGCCCUAGCCCUCAUGUACCGGUCUAUUGCGUCGGAUCUUUCGAGAAGAGAUAAACGCGGCAACCCUAGCAAAUCACACAAGUUUGAUGUUAUCGACCUCGACCCGUAUGGAACAGCUGCUCCGUUUUUUGACGCCGCUGUCCAGUCUGUUCGUGAUGAUGGUGGCCUGCUUGUCAUCACCUGUACAGACAGUGCCGUCUGGGCCGGCCACAGCUAUUGCGAAAAAACCUUUUCCUUGUAUGGCGGUGUCCCUGUCAAAGGAAUGCACUCCCACGAGGCAGCCUUGCGCCUUAUCCUGAACGCCGUCGCAACUUCUGGAGCGCGAUACGGUAUCGCAAUUGAGCCCAUGUUGUCGCUAUCGAUUGAUUUCUAUACAAAGGUCUUUAUCAGAGUCACGAAAUCACCGUCGGCGGUCAAGUUUUUGGGAGCGAAAACGAUGUUGGUGUAUAGUUGCGACCAAGGCUGCGGUUCUUGGGAGACGCAACCAAUCCUCAAGAGCCGGCCAUUCCCCAAUAAAAAGGGAAUCGGAUCCUUCUACAAGCACACAAUGGCUCAAGGCCCGAGUACUGAUCGCCUUUGCCAGCAUUGCGGCUUCAAGAUGCAUGUCAGCGGACCCAUGUAUGGCGGUAGGAUCCAUAACCAGGACUUUAUUCACCGUAUGCUCGACGAAAUACCCAAGGCAUCCCCGGAGACAUAUGGAACAUUGUCUCGUUUGGAGGGUAUGUUGCGGACUGCCUUGGAGGAAUACAUACCGGGACCUGAACUGCCCACGGAUGUCGACCCUAAAGACGCAGAAGCUGCGGUCGUUGACCACACGCCAUUCUUCUUUAUCCCUGGAAAGGUCUCGAGCAUUUUAUCGUGUUCCACCCCGACUGAUGACAUGUUUCGAGGCGCACUCAUGCAUCUGGGCUAUCAAGCGGGUAGAAGCCACUGCCGCCCAGGCAGCAUCAAGACUGACGCGCCAUGGUCAACUAUUUGGUGGGUUUUGACAGAGUGGAUCAGGCAAAAGUCACCAGUAAAAGUGUCCAAAUUCAAGGAGUCCAUGCCUGGAUGGAAGAUUCUCUAUGACGCUGGAAUUGUUGGGCACGAAAAUGCGAAGUCGGACGGUAGCCAAGGGCCGGAGAGCAUCGACAUCAAGAUGGAAGGCACCGAACAGCAACAGCAACAGCAAAAGGACGAGAAGGUGCUAGAAAGGACUGAAGCAGAGGACAAUGCCGGGGAAAAGAAAGAGCCGCUGACUGAAGAAGAGUUGCGAAAGACGCUCGUAUUUGAUGACGCUUUGAUACAGCUUGGUCGUCAGAAAGGCACUCGGUACAUGAGGUACCAGGUCAACCCUCACAAGUAUUGGGGCCCCAUGACAAGAGCCAAGGGUUGA